UUGCCUUGUAAACUAGCAUCUCGAGUUUCGCCCGUGAGCGAGCGAGAUCCGAGUCAACAAGCACAGUCUACUCUAUAGGCCAUUGGCACACUAACCCAAAUAACUAGUUGUUUUUAUAUGAGGUAACCUGCAGAGAUAACGGUGGCGUUACCAUGGUGAUGCCUGGUGAGAUGUAGUGUUGGUGUGACCUCUCUGCCCCCUCCAGACGACCCUGUGAUGUGGCCUUUCCGCUGCGACUUCCUGUCGCAAUACACACACCACCAUGUAGUGGUGUUCCUGCUCACUUUCUUCAGCUAUGUCCUGCUGCACUCCUCCAGGAAGACCUUCAGUAAUGUCAAAGUCAGCAUUUCCGCGCAGUGGACCCCUUCAGUCCUCAACAGCACUCUGCCACCAUACUCACCUGGAGAGACAUGGGAGGAGAAUCGUAUGUUCUCAGACCCUCAGGAGGCCACUCUGUUCCUCGGGGUGCUGGACACCAUCUUCCUGUUCUCCUACGCAGUGGGUCUGUACAUCAGUGGAGUGAUGGGGGAUCGCCUGAACCUGCGAUAUGUGCUGACAUUUGGUCUUUGUGGGUCAGCAGUUGUGGAGUUUGUGUUUGGGACCGUUACGGAGUGGAUGGCCUUCUAUAAUGUCUAUUUCUACUGUGGGCUGUGGGUGUGCAAUGGGCUGCUGCAGUCAGCUGUUUGGCCCUGUGUGGUCGCCGUCAUGGGCAAUUGGUUCGGCAAGUCAGGGAGAGGCUUCAUCUUUGGGCUGUGGAGUGCGUGUGCGUCUGUAGGCAACAUCCUGGGAGCCUUCCUGGCCUCUAGUGUCCUCGCAUAUGGAUAUGAGUAUGCAUUCCUCGUGACGUCGGCAGUGCAGUUUGCUGGAGGAGUGGUUGUUUUCUUCGGCCUACUCACCUCGCCAAAAGAAAUUGGGUUGAGUGUCGACUCUGAUACUGGUUUGCGGCCAGUGGAGAGGGACUCAGACAGUCAGCGUCCGCUGAUGAGUGAUGAAGAGGAGGAGGAGGAGGAGGAGGAGGAGGAGGAGGAGGGGGGAGUGUGUGAGGACCCUCCCAGGGCCAUAGGAUUCCUACAGGCUUUCUGUCUGCCUGGGGUGAUUCCAUAUUCCCUGGCGUACGCGUGUCUGAAGCUGGUCAACUACUCUUUCUUCUUCUGGCUGCCGUUCUACUUGAGCAACAACUUCGGCUGGCCGGAGGUUCAGGCUGACCGCCUGUCUGUGUGGUACGAUGUGGGCGGCAUCAUAGGUGGUACGGUCCAGGGUCUGAUUUCUGACAUGCUGGGGAAGAGGGCUCCUGUCAUUGCAGUCAGCCUCCUCGUAGCCAUGGGGGCGCUAGUGGGCUACAGCCGUUCUCCAGAUGAUAAGGUGGUGAAUGCAGCCCUGUUGGCUACUACAGGUUUCUUCAUCGGUGGGCCGUCCAACAUGAUCUCGUCGGCGAUCUCGGCGGAUCUGGGUCGGCAGGACGCGCUGCAGGGCAGCCAGGAGGCGCUGGCCACCGUCACCGGCAUCGUGGACGGAACCGGCAGCAUCGGGGCCGCAGCCGGACAGUAUCUGGUGUCUCUGAUUGAGAGCAAGCUGAACUGGAUGUGGGUGUUCUACUUCUUUGUGCUCAUGACAGGGGGCAGUGUGCUGUUCAUCUUUCCUCUAAUCGUGGGGGAGCUGCGCUCCAUGUGUCGAGACCGGCAGGCGCAGGCGAGCCAGCUGUGACGCUCCCGCACGCUACGGGUCGCUACGGUAACCCGUGAUGCAGCGGGUCUCUUGCAUUACCACUAAGGUGCCAACGCUGUGUGUUGGUGCGGAACAGUGAUUAAGUGUCUGCACUGCAGUGGAAAAUCACCAUCUGUCCUGUUACCUCUUCUGAAAAUCACCAUCUGUCCUGUUACCUCUUCUGUCCUGUUACCUCUUCUGAAAAUCAUCAUCUGUCCUGAUGCUCUUCUGUGGGGAGGUCUUUUAAUCUGAUUGUCUUCCGUUUGUAUCAGCAGCCCUCCACCAAUCACUGCGUACCCUCACGGCUCUCCACCAAUCACUGCGUACCCUCACAGCUUUGCCUGAUUCACUGGGAAUCUCACAAACAGUUAGCACCCACACCGUUAGCCCCACACCGUUAGCCCCUCACCCCCACACCUUUAUGCCCAACACCCUAAUGCCAACACUGUUAUGCCCAGCACUGUUAGCCCCACACUGUUAUGCCCAACACCCUAAUGCCCAACAUUGUUAGCCCUACACCCUCACACCCUUAUGCCAACACCUACACCCUCACACCCUUAUGCCCCACACCCUAAUGCCCAACACCCGUAUGCCCAACAUUGUUAGCCCUACACCCUUACAUCCUCAUGCCCAACACCACUGGCCAUCUGACCACUUGUGCCACUACCCUAGAGGGCCACUAGAGGGCAGUCUCAUUGAACGUCUCACACACAUACACUACACAGUAGAUGGGAGCCGCAACCUCACUGGCAGGAUGUAGUCUACUUAGAACAGACUUCUGCUUGAUGUGAUCGAUUGUGUGCUAAUGAUGUGACCUCAUCGUACACACAUACACACACACACUUACACUGCAGUAUAGACGCCCCUUACACAAAUAACUGCCUUCACACACACACACACACACUCAUCGCAGCCUCUCAGGAGGGUUUUAAAGGUUUUUGUACAAAUAACCAUCUCCUUUUGGUUUUAUUUUUUUAUGAAUGUUUUGUUAUAUUUGUGGCAAUGUAAAUAAAUUGAAUUGAAUGUGUCUAUGAUUAACAUCAUGCCAACUGCUGUGGGGACAUCAGACCUCAGGACUGCCCAGCCAUACCGCAGGACUCUACUGGGUUGGGGUUAGUGUGGAGUAGAGGGAUCAUACCGCAGGACUCUACUGGGUUGGGGUUAGAGUGUUGGAGUAGAACGUCACUACGCAGGACUCUACUGGGAUGGGGUUAGAGUGUUGGAGUAGAGCGUUAAUACUGCAGGACUGUACUGGGUUGGGGUUAGAGUGUUGGAGUAGAGCGUUAAUACUGCUGGACUGUACUGGGUUGGGGUUAGAGUGGAGUAGAGCGUUAAUACGCAGGACUUUACUGGGUUGGGGUUAGAGUGUUGGAGUAGAACGUCACUACGCAGGACUCUGCUGGGUUGGGGUUAGAGUGGAGUAGAGCGUUAAUACCGCAGGACUACUGGGUUGGGGUUAGAGUGGAGUAGAGGGAUAUUGCUGCUGGUCUGGUGUGUCCUGCAGGGCUGCUGCUUGAUGUUUACUGUGGAAUGGUCUCCUGUUUGCACCCUACAGCAGUGUGAUGCUGUCAUGACCUGCUAGUUGUGCUUUUCUGUUUUUCAACAAGACAUUAUGUUUUUAUCAUCA